AUGUGCGUGGAAAUUUCCAACAAUACACUCAACAAGAUGGACAUCAGCUUUGCCAACAAGAAAGUCUCGUACAGCAUCAAGAAGAUGCUAAAACAAAUCUUCAAACAUCACAAAUCAAGUGACAAACAAGGAGAUUCGUUUGAAUCCUUAGACAACCAUCACAAUUCUAGUCUAGAAUUCAAGUCGUAUGAAAACGAUCUUAAUGAACGGCUCUCUCACAAGCAAUCCUUUGAAACGGAAUAUUUCGAUGGCGUCUCCACAGUACCUGUACACUACGUUCGCACCACAGAGGGCAUGUUCUUUUGGACAAGUUCUGCACACGACAACAGCUUCAGUCAUCAAAUGCUUAAAUGA